AUGUCCCUCUGGACUCCCGACACCAGCAUCCAGGCCGCUCGUCAGCCCGCGCCCUCCUCUGGAGCACCCGGCGCCGCUGCCUCCUCGCCGAGUGAGCACAAGCCCCGCUCCCCCCCGCCCGACCUGCCAUCCCUCCUCCUGGACUCCCGCAUCGUGUACCUGGGCAUGCCCCUGGUCCCCGCGGUUACCGAGCUCAUGAUCGCGGAGUUCAUGUACCUCCAGUACAAGGACAUCCAGUGCGUGCGCGCAGGCAAACCCAUCUUCCUGUACAUCAACUCCACCGGGACGACGAGGGCUGACGGCGAGACGGUGGGCUUCGAGACGGAGGGCACCGCCAUCUACGACACCAUGUGCUUUGUAAAGAACGAGGUGCACACAGUGGGCGUCGGCAUCGCCAUGGGCCAGUCCUGCAUGCUGCUGUCGGCGGGGACCAAGGGCAAGCGCUUCAUGCUGGAGCACGCCACUGCCAUGCUGCACCAGCCCCGCGUGCCCCCCACCGGCCAGCGACAGGCGGUGGAGAUUGCCAUCAAGUGGAAGGAGGUCCUGAUCCAGAAGGAGAACAUGCUCAACAUCCUGUCCUACACCACGGGGCACAGCGUGGAGAAGCUGGACAAGGACCUGCAGCGCCCGCUGUACAUGCAGCCCAAGGAUGCCAUCGCGUAUGGGGUGUGCGAUGGCAUCGUCACCCCGGAGCGCAAGAUCGUGGACGACGUGAAGAAGCCAGAGGAGUGGGACCGGGAGGCGGGCCUGGUGCAGCGAUAG